UUUCCACGAGAUGGGAGAGAAGGACCUAUCAAUAGCCAUCGUACACAUCCUGUCUGUGACACAACGACAGUCCCUCAGCUACGUAGGCUUCUCUAUGGGGACCACCAUGUUCUGGGUGUUGGCCGAUAGUUAUGGUAAAGAGUACAUGGACCGCAUAGACACUAUGGUGGCCAUAGCUCCAAUAGCAAGACCUAGUGGGAUGAGCAUCCUCCAAAAGCCAGCUAUAUACUCAGCUCUUACAACUGCAUUACUGACCUACAACACACUGCACUUGUACGAGGUUCGAUCCUACAACAAAGCGGAAGGGCUUUUCUUGAGAGCUUUAUGUACAAAUGACUUGACGACCAAAGCUUGUGGCAAGAUGUUGUCUGGCCUUGUGGGACUGUUUCCUGACUCAAUACACAGGGAGGACACCUACGUAGCCACUCAAUACAUGCCUGCUGGAACGUCAAUCAAGAAUAUUGUACACUUUCUUCAAAUUGGAGAAAAAGCAAGAUUCCAACAGUUUGACUAUGGAGAUGAAGAAAACCUGUUGCACUACAAAAAAUUGUUACCUCCAGCUUAUGAUCUGAGGAAGGUUACAUGUCCAGUCUUCCUCAUUACCAGUGAUGUAGAUGAGUUUUCUGUAAAAGAGGAUGUUGAGUGGUUGGCCAAGGAGCUUCCGAAGACACCCAAAAUACUUUUCCAUGAAGAAGUCAAGGAGUUUCAACAUCUGGAUUAUUUCUACCAUGAAAAUGUGAAGCAAAUUCUUUAUAAACCUUUGGUACAGUUUUUGGUCGACAGAAUAAACAAGACUUGAAGAUGUAAUGUAAAUAUUACUGACCCCGAAUCGUUGUGCGAGUGACGUGUGUUUAAAGAAAACCAUUACGGCC